CCCUAAAUAAUCUAACCCGCCAGCCCAUUCCCCUCUUUCUCCCGUACCCAAAUCGCCACCUUAAUUAAAACUCAGCGCCGCCGUCCCGUCUUCUUCUCCCCGACCCUGGCGAAAUUCCCUGCCCUAAAUGAAACCCACGACCCGCCGCCAUAGAAGGCAUCGGAAUCAAUCCCCAACGUUUGAAUCAAUCCCCAAAGUCGACGCCACCAGGACAUGUCGGCGUUGUCCAAGCUAGCUCGUUGUCCUUGCCAUCAUCUCCGGCUGUUUCUUCAGCCCUACGAUCGUCCCGCCGCCUACUGUUUCGGCAACGAGAUCGGCAGAUCUGGGAUAGGGAGAUCGUCAAUCAAUCCCCUUCCCUUUGGUUCGGCAACUCGCGCUCGCCGGAUGCAUGUGCGUCGCACCGCCGCCACUAGCGCUCUCCGUUUCGGCUCCGCAGAAGAGGUACUGUCAGUAGCUUCUGAUAUUGUGGACGGGAUCUAGAAGGAGCAGCACCAGAAGCGAACAGGCAAAAAGAACGAUAGGGUAGAUGUAGUGAGGGUAGCUGAAGAUGGGAAUGGUGGUGAGAUAGGUUGCGAUGAUGGUUAGGGAUUCCGAUUGGGUGGGGGUUGAAUUGGGUCGUGAGGGGAGGGAGUUAGGGUGGAGAUGGGAGAGUUGAUUUUGGGGGUUUUAUUGUUUUUGUUUUGUUUUUUUAGUUUGAAUUUUUUUAAUCUAAAUAAAUGAUGUGGCAGUCA